CUGUGGGGUCCUGAACCAGCCUCUCUACUGUUUAGCUGCCCCGCUGGCUGCCUGUGUGUUUCUGUCAGCUAGCUGAUGAAACGUUAGCAGCACUAGCAGCUGUCAAGCCCCCACCUCCUCCUGAAACGUGCUGGGGUUGCUGCUGAGAGUCCAUGUUUUUAGCUCGCUCCUUGUUCAAGAUGUCAAGUCACAAUCCUUUGUUGAGGCUGGAGCAGCGAGCGGCCGAGGCGGACCAGAUCAUCGAGUACCUCAAACAACAAGUCCUGCUGCUGAAGGAGAAAGCCAUCAUCCAGGCCAGCGUCAGAGAAGAGAAGAAGCUGAUGGUAGAGAACGCCAAACUGAAGAAUGACAUCGAGGAACUGAAAAAACAGCUGCUGGAAAAAGAGAAGAAGAGGGGAGUGUUGGCAGUGGCCAUGCCAUCGGGUGACAACGGUGUCCAGUGCGCUUCGAAGCCCACCCCUCCCAAACCGUCUGGACCAGCACCCUCUGCCUCGCCUGCUGCUGCUGUCCAGAGCUCCCCUCCCAAAGACGAGAGUAAAAAGAAGAGGCCGGAGAAGAAAGGAGGGGAGAAAGCAGAGAAGAAGCAGGCAGCCCCCAGCCAAGAAGAUGUCAAGGUAGACGUGUCUCGUCUGGACCUGCGUGUUGGACGUAUCAUCACGGCUGAGAAGCACCCGGACGCCGACAGUCUGUAUGUGGAGCAGGUCGAUGUGGGGGAGGCCUCUCCGAGGACAGUGGUCAGCGGGCUGGUCAAGCACAUACCUCUGGACCAGAUGCAGAACCGCAUGGCGGUCCUGAUGUGUAACCUGAAGCCAGCCAAGAUGAGAGGAGUGGUGUCCCAGGCUAUGGUCAUGUGUGCCAGCUCACCAGACAAGAUCGAAAUUCUCGAUCCUCCGGGUGGAGCAGCACCAGGGGACAGAGUUACCUUCCAGGGCUUCCCAGGUGAGCCGGACAAAGAGCUGAACCCCAAGAAGAAGGUGUGGGAGCAGGUUCAGCCCGACUUACGCACGGACGGCCGGUGUGUUGCAACCUACAAGGGAGCUGCCUUUGAAGUCGCCGGAAAGGGAGUGUGCAAAGCCCAAACCAUGAGCAACAGUGGAAUCAAAUGAAAUAACAGAGCUGCUUGAAAUAGCUCCGUGUUUACUUGGCAACCGUCUGCAGCGAUGGCGAUGAUGUUGUUGAGAAACGGGAGGCUGAUGAAUGGAAAUAAAUGCUUUGAAGAUGUUCAAUAAAGGGAUUUGAAAAUUAUA